AUGACGGGUAAAAAUGCUACAAGAGAAAUUUCUCAGCAGGAGAGGAACAAGAAGUGGGAGAUGGCAUUUACGGCUCGGAUGAGGCAGAUUGUCCCUGGUCUCUUCCUGGGAAAUGUCGAGGCAUCAUACAAACGGGAAAUGCUUCAAAAAAACCAUAUCAACGCAAUUGUCUCUCUCACAGAUGCUCGAUGGGUAUGGUGGAAUACCAUUACAAGACAGGCGGGCGUUCCAGAAUAUCGUCACAAAUGGGUUCAGUGUGCAGAUUCGUCGACCCAAGACCUCCUCGCCCAUAUGAGUGAUAUUUGCGACUUUAUUGACCAAAUGGCGUCCCCAGCUCUUUCCUCAUUGCCCUCCUUACCCGUCGAGGGCGAAUAUGAAACAAAUGACGAGGGGCGCGGUGCUGCUUCGGGGGCGAUAUUAAUUCAUUGUGAUCUUGGGAUAUCACGCUCGCCGACUGUUAUCAUUGCCUAUCUUAUGCGCAAGUUUAAUAUGCAGCAAGCAGACGUAUUGCAUUUUGUUCAAUCAAAGCAAAGAAUCAAACCGAGCACGAAUCUUACUCGUCAACUUGAGGUUUGGGAGAAGGUUAGAUUCCAAGUAUGGGAGAAUGAAGAUAGGACUGUCCCGAAACCAGCAUACAAAGAAUAUCUGGAAUAUCGAGAUGUUCUUCUCCGAAAAAGAGGGCUUACAGGGAAUGAGCCACUCGCGCCCCUGAACCUUUAG